UUUUUUUUCCUUUCUUUCUUUUCUUUCUUUCUUUCUUUCUCGUUUUUGUUGUCAUUAUUCUCAUUCUCUCUCUCUCUAUCUCUCUGCGUCAGAGAAGAUUUCCUUCCAUCUUUCUAUCGUAGUUAGGGUUUCGUUCCCUUUACUUCCAAAUAAAAAACCACUCCUUCGCAGGCUGAAUUGUAGCUCGAGGUAAUUAAUUCAAUUGGGAAGUUCCAAGUUUGUAAUUCCUUUCCUUGAUGGGGCUAGUAGUGAUGAUGAUGGUGUUGAGGAAAGUAAUGCCAUUGGCAUAUAGGAUGGGGGUUGAAUCCAUGAGAGUAUAAGAAAGAUCUGUCUCUCAAUGCUUUGGCUGCCAUUUUCUAAAUUCUGGUGCAUUUAAAUCAGAUGGGUUGAAGAUAUUUGAGUGCUUGCUAGUAAAGUAGCUUAGGGAUGGCUAUUGCUGGUCUGCACAAUGUAUCUGUACUCGAGUCUUCUUUCCUGAGGGAUUCCCAUUCCCAGUCAUCCAGCAGGCGGGGAGAUGGAAGGAGGGGAGGAACCCGGUCAUCCGCACUCUUGCAAAUGUGGCGAGAGCUUGAAGAUGAACAUGCGGUGAAUCAGGUGCAAGGAAGGCCUGGUGAAGUACUACUUGAACAAAGGAGUGAUGGGUUGAUUUCUGACCUCUCACAGGCAGAUUCUCCAGGUAGCCAUGAGAGAGGACAGGAUCGAAUGCUAGAGGACGCAGUUUUGGGCGACACUGAAUCUGAAACAUGGUCACAGUCACAAAGUCAGAAUGAAUCCCAUUACGAUCAUGAGGAUUUAAACAACUCCAGCUGUGAAAACUCCUCUGAUUUGGGAGAAGUUGAAAGGGGAAGAGUGAGGCAAAUUUUUAGGGAAUGGAUGAGCAGUGGUGCUGGGGAUCAUGGAUCAAACAUUUCCCGGAGAAAUAACAGUUCAAGGGGAGAAUGGCUUGGUGAAACUGAGCAGGAAAGGGUGAGAAUAAUAAGGGAGUGGGUACAAAUGAGUAGCCAGCACAGAGGUGUUUCUUCUGGGGAAACCAGGGAAGAGCAAUCUGCUGAAAUUGGUACACAAAUUGAACGUGUUCGUGACGGCUUUGUUGUUAACCAGGGCGAGGGCCAGACUGAACAUUUUCGUAGGGGAAUCCGUAAAUUAUGCGGACGACAGGUUAUGCUUGAUAUGCUGAAGAAGGCUGAGAUGCAAAGGCAAAGAGAAAUUCAAGAGUUGUUGAACCAUCGGGCAGUAUCUCAUUUCCCCCAUCGUAAUCGCAUUCAGGCAUUGCUUAGAGGCUGGUUCUUGAGAAAUGAUAGAUCUGUUGAUAAUAACAGGUCCACUUCUGUCGCUGAAAGUGAACUAGGUUUAUUGAGGCAAAGACAAACUGUAUCAGAACUAAGGGAAGGAUUCUUCUCUAGGAAGGAUAAAACUGGUUGCAGUCAAGCAACUGGCAACGUAUCUGAUAUGUCACCUAACAGUGAUAUUGAAUUUAAUACGAUUGAACAAACUGGUGCUAGCAAUUCACAUGUGGUCCCCACUGUGAAUUCUGAACGGUCUGAAUCUAAUACCAGAAGAAAUGAUGGAGUUGAGAUGUUGGGAGGCCAGAAUUGUUUGCAGGAAACAAUGUCUGACAAUCCAGAUCAACAAGACACUACUGGUCGUGUAGAAGGAGCUCAGUUACAGGUGCAAUUUGAACCAGUAAAUCAGCUAUCAUCCAGUGUGGCCGCUGAAAGAAGAGAUAGCACUGGGCAAAAUGUUGAUGUGAACCGUGUGAUGCCAGUUGAGGAUACUGCUAGUGAUCAUGUGCAGCAAAGUUUGCAAACUGAAGAUCCAUUUCAGAGUGCUAUGCCGGAAUUCAGUGAGGCAUACAAUGAUCGACUUCGAUCGGGUGAUAUAAGUAAUGGUGUAAAUGACUCAUCAAACCACAACCACCCAAUGGAGGAAAAUAUUGUUGAUAUGAAUCGGAAUGAAUCCGCUUCUCUGGUAGGAGAACAGCUGGAAGAAGAUAUUGAAAAUGAAGGAAGUGUCUGGAAUCAGAGUAACCGUGAAUGGAGAAAUAGCACCGAGGAAGGUGUAGAUGAUAAUCAAGUCAGCAGUACAUCAAUGCAGUGGCCUGAAAAUGAAUUUGGAAAUGAGGAUGGAGAAAACUCUCGGCUGCAAGAAGGUCCUGAAGUCUGGCAAGAGGAUGGUGGCUUCCAAGAGGCUGUAGAAAAUUGGUUGGGGGCUCCUUCUGAUCUUGAAAGUGCUCCAGUCGGUAGGAUUCAUGGAUUUUACUUUCCAGAUGACGACAAUGUAUAUAGUGUUGAACUCAGAGAACUGCUUAAUAGGAGAAGUGUCUCCAACCUCCUCCGUAGCAGUUUCCGCGAUAGUCUUGACCAGUUGAUACAAUCAUAUGUUGUAAGACAAGGCCAUAAUCAGAUGGAGUGGGAGCUACAAGAAACAACCCCGUCUUCUGCCUCUGUGGAACAGGACCUUGAACAGCAGAGUAGGGAUCAGAUUGUUGGUCAGGAGGGUACUGUUAAUAGUCCACAUGACCUACCUUCUUUACCUAUUCCUCCUCCUUUGCCUCUUUGGGACCGGCACCCUCGCCGUGACAGCUGGUCACAGUCACAGAGUGACAUGAAUAAUCAGCAUCUAGGAGGAAUUGAUUGGGAGGUUGUCAAUGACUUGAGAAUUGACAUGUCUAGGCUGCAGCAAAGGAUGAACAAUAUGCAAAGAAUGCUGGAGGCUUGUAUGGAUAUGCAGCUGGAGUUGCAGCGUUCAAUAAGGCAAGAAGUUUCUGCUGCCCUAAAUCGUUCGACUGGUUCAUCAGGAACAAAUGAGUUCGAGUCAUCAGAUGAAUCCAAAUGGGAAUGUGUGAGGAAAGGGCUUUGCUGUAUAUGCUGUGAAAGCAAUAUUGAUUCUUUGUUGUACAGAUGUGGGCACUUGUGUACAUGUUCUAAAUGUGCCAAUGAGUUGCUUCAAAGUAAAAGGAAGUGCCCGAUGUGUCAAGCCCCCGUGGUGGAGGUUAUACGUGCUUAUUCUAUACUAUAGAUUGACAUAAAUAAAGACCACACUCUUAACAAAAUACAGGUUUCUAACAAGUUUUAUCUCCUGGAAGUUUUCCAGUUACUCUAUUUUUUUUUUUUUUUAGUUUUUUCCUU